GAGAAAAAGAGAGAGUGAGAGGGAGAGAGAGAGAGAGAGAGAGAGAGAGAGAGGUGGGGAGCGUAAAGCGCCAUCGUGUGGCUGGGAACAGAAUUGCAGGGUGACACAUGGCCGCCGGGGUGGCAGCUACGUAGGGGGUGUUUAAUGUGAACAAGAAAGGAAGAUAGUGCACCGCCAUGACAUUAGUGCAAAAUUCAAGAGGUCAAAACUGAAAUUAAUCAUGCCCAUUUAUAUGUGAUAUUAUAUUAUCGGAAUUGGGUGUAAAUGUUUCUACCGUGAUGAACACUACUUUAAAAAGUUCAAAAGACUGUGGAUUUUUAUCUUCACAUGUGAUUACAUUAUGUCAUCAUCUAAUCUCAAAAUAUGAGAUUUUGAAAGAACGGUGAAUGAUUUACGAAGCCUAAUCAAAAGGAUCGUAACGCAAAACUAAUUGAGAAAAAAAAAUGCCUCUUCCGAAAAGAUUGGUGGAACCCGUUCACGUCGCACGUGGUACGAUACCGGAAGAUUUUCCAUUACCGUCGGAAUUAGAAGCUGUCACCAAUGGUACUUUGGCUAAUACCAUUAGACAACUCUCCAGCCUAUCACGGCAUGCCGAAGAUCUCUUUGCAGAGCUAACCAGGGAAGCUCAUGCGUUAAGCGACAGGGCAAAUUCUUUGCAAGCUAGGAUAGAUCGAUUGGCCGUCAAGGUCACUCAACUUGAUAGCAAUGUCGAGGAAGUUUCAUUACAAGAUAUACACAUGAGGAAGGCAUUCAAGAGUUCGGUCGUUUUCGAUCAACAAGUAGUAUCAAGGGAUACGAUGCCAACGGCGAUGUUAGAAACUUAUCGUCAAUGCGACACACCACCACCUUUAGAUAAGCUCAACAUUUAUAGGGAGGACGGAAAAGAUGGAUUGAAGUUUUACACGGAUCCAAAUUAUUUCUUUGAUUUAUGGAGUCAAGAGAUGUUGAAAGAUACGGAAAAGAAAUUGCAUGAUCGAGGGAAAAAGACUGAAACAGAAUAUGCCGAACCAUACAGAAAGCCUCAUAGGCCACGGAACGAAGGUAGCGGUGGUGGAGGUAGACACAAGAAGCGUGUAAGACAACCUCAUAAUACAAGGGAAAGGCAGAGACAAUUAGCGGUUGGCCAUGGGGAAUAUAUAAUGCCAACACAAGGGGUUCAAUAUAGAGCACCUCAUACCAUGACCGAUGAAACGAUGAUGGGGAUGGUCGUGACCGAAUCAAGACCACCUAGACCGAACAGUAUUGAACUUAGACGAAGUUAUCCACCAGAGGAACAACACUUGUAUAGCCCUUCUUCCUCUGAUCAUUAUAGGGCAACGAAUUCUGUUACCCAUGGUUAUGAAGAAAAUGUGUACGGUUCUCAUUAUGCUUCUGGCCAAGGCCAACAAGGUAGCGAAACUUAUCAGAGUCCAGGAGGACAAAGUACACCCAGUAGAAGUGGUAGAUCGCGACCUUCUCAACCACCUCCGGCACCACCUAGCAAUACUUCAAGUAAUUCGACUCCCACGGUAGCAUCGGCUAAUAAUACUCCUACCAGAGGGAGAUCUAUGAGCACUGGUAGAGAUACGCUUCCACCUCCUCCACCUCCACCAGGAGAAACAAUGUCUCCACCUUCCAUGAACGGUUCGAUACCGUCCCACUUGUUAAAUAGGAAUGGAAGUCGUCCAAACAGUCCUUUACCGAGUCAUCAUUCGACUCCUACUCCACCAAAUCAUUCGGCACAAAUUGGUACAGACGAAACAGAUCCCGUCUCUCAAGAUUUACCACCACCACCACCAACACCCGAUCCUACACCACCAAGGCCUAUUUCUCCACCGUGUAAUAUUCCUCCACCUCCUCCGCCACCACCACCACCACCAGCUAUUAAUGGUUCAUCCCCACCGGUACCAUUGACGAACGGAGAUAUUGCCAAAAUGAUAGCCAUGUGUCCGCCGAAAUUAAAACCAUUGAAAAGUAUCGAUGGACAGCUACGAAAGUCUGUCAAUCCGAACAUCCCAUUGGUAGAUCCAAGGAAUGAUUUACUUAAAGCGAUAAGAGACGGGAUAAAAUUGAGAAAAGUAGAAAAAAUCGAGCAGAAGGAAGUAGAACGUGUUAACGCAUUGAACGACGUUGCAUCCAUAUUGGCUCGCCGUGUUGCUGUCGAAUUUAGCGAUAGUGAUUCAGCUUCGGAAAGCGAAUGCGACAGCGAAGGAUGGGGCGAACAAGAAACGAAUCUCGCGUGACCCACCUCUUUUCCAUCUGCCGCCACUGCCUCCUAGAAAAAUGACCGAGGAGCUACCCUUUUAAUUUCUUCUUGAAAUUUCUUUGGGCCAUCUACAUCAGAAUUGUCGAAUCGAUCUUGCACAGUCUAGCCAAAACUACAAGAUCAUAAAGUAAGCAUAAUGUUAAUGGUUCGUUUUUCCUUUUUCUUUUUUUUUUCUUUUCUUUUCUUUUUUUUUUUUUCCUUUCAUUCUUUUCUCUCUCUCUCUCUCUCUCUCUCUCUCUCUCUCUCUCUCUCUCUCUGUUUUCUUUCUUUUUCUUCUCUUUUUUUAUACUUUCUUUAAUAGACACCUGCACCAGCGAAGUUAGAUAUCAUUUAACGAUUUACUGUGAGAACGUGGGGAAUUAAAUAAAUAUAAUAAUGUCGUUAAUCAAAUUUAUUACGUUUCGGUAUGACCGAAUUACGAUUUAUCGCACGACUAAAAUUAUUCAUAUAGGAAUAAAAGCCAAAGAACCUUGCAUAUUCAUAGAUUAAAUUUUGUUUCUUUUUUUUUUUUUUUUUUUUUUAUUUUAUUUUAUUUUAUUUUAUUUUAUUUUAUUUUGUUUUUCCUUUUUUUUUUCUUUUUUCUUUUUUCCGUUGUAUUUUGUAUUUUCUCAAUCUUGCCACUCGAAUAUAAUUUAUGUAUUUAAAAAGAGAUACAGUACAAUGAGAAGAAUACUUUAGUUUUCUUUUUUGUUUCUUUUCUUUUCUUUACUUUUUUUUUUUUUUUUUUUUUUUUUUUUUUUUUGUGAAACAUUAAUUGAAACUAAAUAUAUAAUUGAUAAAAGCAAGAAAGCUAGAUAAGAGACAAAGUUUACAUAUAUUUAAAAAUAUUAAAUUAUCACAG